AUGUCGUCUGAACAAAUUGAUGCUCCCAAAGCGGCCGAGGGCGCUCCUGCGCAGAGUCUGCCCUCCCGUCCCGCAAAACAACCCAAAGAGAAGGGUGCCAAGGGCGGCAAGAAUGCCGGUCUGGAGCUCCCCGAACUUCCGGAAUAUAUUCAACACCGACUCGAUCUCUUCGACAAGAUCAAGGCGAGACAGGAUGCCGAACUGGCUGCCAAGCCCCGCGAAGAAAUUACAAUUACACUUCCCAAUGGGAAGGAGGAGAAGGGCACCUCGUGGGAGACCACGCCUCUUAUAAUUGCCAAGGGGAUAUCGAAGUCACUUCUUGAGCGUACGGUUAUUACCAAGGUUGAUGGGGAGCUGUGGGAUCUCACGAGACCUUUUGAGAAGAGCUGCAAGCUUGAGCUGAUUGACUUUGAGAGCGAGGAGGGCAAGGCUGUUUACUGGCAUUCUUCUGCACAUAUUUUGGGAGAAGCUUGUGAGAGACGGUAUGGUUGCUAUCUCUGCAAUGGGCCGCCUACCAAGGAUCCUCCUGGUUUUUAUUAUGACAUGGCGAACAUGCAGGGCCAAGUUGUUGCUGAAGAGGACAAGAAGGCGCUUGAGACUAUUGCCAACUCCAUCAUCAAGGAGAAGCAACCAUUUGUGCGUCUUGAAAUGACCAAGGAUGAACUGCUCGAAAUGUUCAAGUACAGCAAGUAUAAGGAGUAUUUCAUCAGCCAGCGUGUGCCUGAUGGCACAAAGUCUACCGUCUACAGAUGUGGUCCUUUGAUCGAUUUGUGCCGCGGACCGCACGUUCCCAACACUGGAAACAUCAAGGCCUUUUCAGUUCUCAGAAACUCUGCCGCCUACUGGCUCGGUGAUAGCAAAAACGAGUCCGUCCAGCGAAUUGCUGGCAUCUCGUUCCCCGAUAAGAACUCCCUCGCUGAAUACAAGAAAUUCCUCGAGGAGGCGGCCAAGCGCAACCACCGCAAGAUUGGCCAGGACCAAAAACUAUUCUUUUGGGACGAGAUGUCGCCCGGUUCUACCUUCUGGCUGCCGCAUGGCACCCGUAUCUACGAGUCGCUGAUGGCUUUGAUGAAGGGAGAGUACAGAAAACGUGGAUUCCAGGAGGUCAUGUCCCCAAACAUGUACAAGGCUGAUCUCUGGAAGACCUCUGGCCACUGGAACCACUACGAGGAGAACAUGUUCACGUUUGAUGUUGAGAAGGAGAAGUUUGGGUUGAAACCCAUGAACUGUCCUGGCCAUUGCAAGAUCUUUGCCCACUCGGACAUCACGUACAAGGACUUGCCGUGGCGGAUGGCCGAUUUUGGUGUUCUUCAUCGAAACGAGUUUUCUGGUGCUCUGUCCGGCCUCACGCGUGUGCGCCGUUUCCAGCAAGACGAUGCUCACAUUUUCUGCACCAUUGCCCAGAUUCAAGAGGAAAUCGAGGGAGCUUUCGACUUCUUGUACAGCGUGUACGGCCUGUUUGGCUUCGAGUUCAAGUUGAAGCUCUCUACUCGGCCAGAGAAGUAUAUUGGUGAUAUUGCCGUCUGGGACAUGGCCGAAUCCAAACUCAAGCAGGCUCUAGACUCUUUCACACAAAGAAUUGGUGCCCAGUGGGAGGAGAACCCCGGCGAUGGUGCUUUCUACGGCCCCAAGAUCGAUAUCACCGUAUACGACGCCUUGAGACGAGACCACCAGUGCGGCACGAUUCAGCUAGACUUCAAUCUGCCCAAGCGUUUCAAGCUCAGAUAUGUCCAAGCCAAGGACGAGGCACCUGCCGACGGCGCUGGCGUGGAGGAGGACCUCCCGGCGGGUUAUGCCAGACCAGUCAUGAUCCACCGAGCCGUCCUCGGUAGUUUUGAGCGUAUGAUUGGUAUCCUCACGGAGCAUUUUGCAGGCAAGUGGCCGUUCUGGCUCAGCCCUCGCCAAGUGUUAGUCGUGCCUGUCAUGCCUGCAGUCAACGACUACGCCAAGGAGGUUCAGCAGUCCUGUCACGACAAGGGCCUGUUCGCCGAUGUCGAUCUCAGCAGCAACACUUUCCAGAAGAAGAUCCGCACGGGUCAGCUGGACCAGUACAACUUCAUUUUUGUUGUCGGAAUCCUCCGCCGGGUUAGUGCCCAUGGCGAGAUGAGUAUGACAGACAUGCGCGUCUGUUCUUGGAAGGAUAAGAAGAUACCCUGGCUUGCCAUGUCUUUGGACAAAACAAACACCUUCCGAACUCUUACAUCCUACACCCUCCCUCCUAUUCAAAAGCUAGCACGUGCUAAUAAUUUUCUCUUUACUCUCGUGUCUACAGUCGUUGGAGCCGAGGAAGCAAAGUCACGUACCGUCAACAUCCGUAACCGCGAUGACCAGGCCACCCAAGCCAAGGGCGAGCUUAUUCCCCUGCAAGAAGCCCUAGACCACAUGGUCAAGCUCAAAGAUGAGAGACGACUCAUCAACAAAUUCUAG